AUGCCUUCAUAUUCAUCUACAGUACUGGGUCUGAUGACCGCAUUAUCGCUCGCGGUUCCCCAGGUACUUGCUAUGUCCACGAACAGUUCCUCACAUGUCUGGGAUGUCAUUUCCAAGCUGGAAACAGACCCUGAUGGGUAUCUGCACAUUGCUGACGACGGAGUGGCACGAGCGUAUGAUGCAAAUGAUUCUGUUACUGGCUAUGUCGCCUUAUCUAACGACCAACUUAUGGAGUUACUCGCGAACCUUCCAGCGCAAUGGCAAUAUGAAUUGGAUCACCUAUACUCCGUAUUUGAUGGUGUCGAUGGACGUGAUGUGAACCAGACUCAGUUGCUCAACCCUCCUGCCUCGCUUCGGCGGGACCGUGGACCUACCAAGUCUCAAAACGAAAAGCGGGCAGUGGAACCUCUCCUAGAGAGACCGCAACUUGAAUGCAAGGACAUUACUUGCUUUACUCCAAGCGCCUGUACAUACAACGGUUGCACUUCAUGUACGUUUAUAGAUGGAGUUGGAGAGCCAUAUUCUCCUGGCAGGUGCUUCUAG